GCCUUCUGUCACGCGCGCCUGGAGGCGCUGGUGGGUGCCUGGCGCAGCACUUCUGCGCGGCAGCUAGAGGCCGACCAGCCGACAGCGGCAGCGCUGGCCAGUGCUGCUGCGAUUGCCUGCCACUGCCUCUUCGUCGGCUACUGUAUUCCUACAGGCGAAGGAAUUCAGGGAGAUCUUAGCCAGCCCGAAGCGUCGCCCGGCGAAGAUGUGGGGAAGGCGCCAGAGGACAUGGCUUCCUGGCUUCUGCAGGCCAUGUACCAGGCGCCUUCGUGUGACCCUCCGCAGUCGCCGGCGCAGGCAAUUUGGGAAGUGUCAGAGCUCAUCCGCAGGUCGCGGCAGGAGCCCAUAGAGGAGGCAUCCAUCGCGGAGACAUUGGAGCGUCUUCCCGGGUCAGCUGCGACGCCCUGCGAAGCCUUCUACGACGCCACUAUGUAUCCGCCCUGGCAUUCCGUGGAGUGUGCGGGCGUGCUGCCCGCGCCCUUGCACGAGCACCUGCGGCGCCUGUGCCCGAGCUGGUGCGGUGAGGAGGUGACCUCCCCCCGGAUUUUGGUGGCCGGCUGCGGCUCCGGCCACCAGGUGGCAGUGGAGCUGAGGAGCUAUGAAGUCUGCGAGCUGGUGGCGCUCGACGUCUCGCCCAAGACCGUCGCCGUGGCUUGCCGCAAGCUGAAGCAGCAUUUGGCGCCGGAGGAGUAUGCGCGCAUCCGCUUCCUGGUGGGGGACAUUAUGGACCUCACACCAGGGAACCCGUUGGUUGGCAAUGGCUUUCACCUGGUGAUCUGCUGCGGAGUGCUGCACCACCUGCCGGACCCCUGCGCGGGCUUGCGGCGGCUGAGCGCGCUGCUGGCGCCCAACGGAGUGCUGCAGCUGGCCACCUACUCCUCCCUGAGCUUUCAGAGUUGGCAGCCCACGGUACAGGCCUGGCUUCGAGAUCUUCCCACGGCAAAAGGCUUGGCUCCGAACUCCCGAACGCCGACUCAAGCAGAGGUGCGCGAAAUCCGCAAGGAGGCGCUAAAAGCCUACGAGGAGCGGCCCGAAGCCUGUCAACUCCUUCGGCACUUUCCAGAGUUUUACACCUACGCCGGGGUCUUGGACCUCCUCUUCCAUCCCCUGGAGAGGACCUUUACGCUUGUGGAACUCCUAGAGGGACCAAUCACUUCGGCCAGGUUGCGACCUUUGGGCGUCUUCUUUCUGGACGUCAACUCCGACAUCUCCGCCCGCGCAAAGUUCCGGGCGGUCCAUGGAAAUGCAGAGGCUAAGAUGGCAGACCUGAGGUGCUGGCACCAGCUGGAGGUGCAAGACCCGGAGAUCUUCGGGCGCAUGCAUGGCGUUUUGCUGGAAGGCUCGGCCCCAUCUAACUCGGCGACCUUCUGGACCUUGCGUUGGCUUCAGAAACCGAGGGCCUCUCAUUUCCCAUCCGGCGCCAUGUUCAUCUCUGCUCAGCGCUGGUCGUCGGUGCGCAUCAAGCCCCGCAUCAAGGGCGGGGUGAUCCCAUUUCACCAGCGGAUUCGUCAGGAAGAGACGGAGCGGAGGUAUCGGCAGCUGCCCUUCCUCAGCAUCAGCAAGGAGCCCUCCAAAUGGCCGUCGCCCCCGGACCCCCGUGACACGGACCGGCGCCUCUGCAAGCUGGACCUGGCCCAGUUGAUGAACAUCAUGGUGGGCGACCGUGUGCGAGUGCUCUACGGCAGUGAGAAGGGGAAGUACGGGGUUAUCAGCCGCAUCCUGCGAGACAAGAAUCAGGUCAUCGUGAACGGGGUGAGCUUGAAGAGAGGUUUUUGGCAUCCCGAGCCGGGCCCUGGGAAGCCGAACUUGGUGACCGUGGAGUGCCCCAUCCACGUCACCAACGUCACACUGGUGGAUCCCGUGACGAAGCAACCCACACGCGUGAAGAGGCGCUACACCAUGAACGGCGAAGGUGUCCGGAUUUCCAAGGUGUCCGGGUGCGCGAUGCCGGAGCCGGUGCCGGUGGGACCCAACGAGCGGGAGUUGCUGUGGAAGAAGCACGAGGAGCAGGUCUUGCGGCAGGCCAAAGAGCGGCGUGGCCCUCCCAAGGAGGACAUUUUCGGGAACAAGGAGCACUUCAAGACCCUUGUGCGCCUGGUGCGUGAGCGCCGCCAGGCUGAAGAAGCCAAGGCCCGGGCUCUUGAGGAGUGAGCGGCGACAUGCGGCGCGCCAA